GCGGCCGGUCUGGGCGCGCGGGCGGGGCUCGCUCGGCGCAGCAGGUGUGGGAGGCGGGGGCGCCCCGCGUGCGGCGCCGCCCCCGGGCCGGGCACUCGGGGCUGGGGAACCGGGGGCACGACCUUCCGCCGCUGCGGAGGACGUUGGGACAGUGUCUCCCACCCCCGUUUUCCUGGAGCGGGGGCGCUGUGGCCCGGGCCGCCCUCUCGGAGGACCCCUCUUCGCGAAAGAUGGGUUCGAGGAAGCUUUGGGGUGUCCCCGGAGGGUCCCGAGGAGCUUCUUGACUCGUGCCAACCGCAGGCUUUCCGCGGAGGAGUUUCACACGCAGGACGGCGAAGGCCGUGUGAGCGCGUGUGCAGGCAGGCAGACCCCGGGGAUCGCCAGUGAGGCCCCCGGCAGCGUCAGGCUGCUGCGCGGCGAGCUUCAGCCUCGCGCUCGCGCGGACUCUAGCGGACCGGCGCGGGGAGGGCAGGGGAGAGGGCGCUGCCACUUUAAAAAUGGGAAGUCCGCCCUCCUGAGGUAAUGUAACCUCAGCCUCCUCCCCUCCGCCUGCCCGGGAGAGAGAGAGAGAGAGAGAGAACUUGUUUUCAUUCAUAACUUUUUCCUUUUCCUUCCUCUCCGUCAACUAUUUAUUCACCGCUCCUCUCGGCUCGGAUUGCAGAGGGCGCAGCUCCACCGUCUUAACUGGCAAUGGGGCGACGCUCCUCUGCAGCCCCUGCCCCCGGCUCCGUGCUUCCCGGCGCCUUAGGAACCCAGCUCUCCCUUUAACGUAGGGGCAGACCUUUAUAACCACUCCUGCCGGGCGCUUGCUUUUGGCGCCUCUGUCAGCUCUGAAGGCUCUUCCCGAUCUGUAAGAAAUCGUGGUGGGAUACGCAAAAAUGUUUUGGAAAUCCACGGUGAUCCUUAGGAUGUGAUGAGAUUGUCCGAAAAGCCUUUCUUGGAAUUGGACUUUGGCCAGGACCCCAGCAUCACUCUAAUCUGCUGAUGAAGGAGAUCAUUACCAGGAUUUCAGAUGAAUGCCAGGUUUCCACUGAUUGCCAGAAUUCGAGAUCACUCCACAUGGAUCCCCAAAAUCAACAUGGCAGUGGCAGUUCAUUAGUUGUGAUCCAGCAGCCUGCAGAUAGCCGUCAGAGGUUGGACUAUGAGAGAGAGAUUCAGCCUGCUGCUAUUUUGUCCUUAGACCAGAUCAAGGCCAUCAGAGGUAGCAAUGAAUAUACAGAAGGACCGUCAGUGGUGAAAAGACCUGCUCCUCGAACAGCACCAAGACAAGAAAAGCAUGAAAGAACUCAUGAAAUCAUACCAAUUAAUGUGAAUAACAACUAUGAGCAUAGACCUACAAGCCACCUGGGACAUGCAGGACUCCCAAAUAAUGCCAGAGGCCCCAUUUUGAGCAGAUCAACCAGCACGGGCAGUGCAGCCAGUUCUGGGAGCAAUAGCAGUGCCUCUUCUGAGCAGGGACUCUUAGGAAGGUCCCCAGCAGCCAGGCCGGGCCCUGGUCAUAGAUCUGAAAGGGCAGUCCGGACCCAGCCCAAACAACUGAUCGGAGAUGAUUUGAAGGGUUCCUUGAAAGAGGACCGGACACAGCAUAAGUUCAUUUGUGAACAGUGUGGGAAGUGCAAGUGCGGAGAAUGCACAGCUCCCAGGACCCUGCCAUCUUGUCUGGCCUGUAACCGUCAGUGCCUUUGCUCUGCUGAGAGCAUGGUGGAGUAUGGAACCUGCAUGUGCUUAGUGAAGGGCAUCUUCUACCACUGCUCCAAUGACGAUGAAGGGGAUUCCUACUCGGAUAAUCCUUGCUCUUGUUCACAGUCACACUGCUGCUCUAGGUACCUGUGUAUGGGAGCCAUGUCUCUGUUUUUACCUUGCUUGCUCUGCUAUCCUCCUGCUAAGGGAUGCCUGAAGCUGUGCAAGGGGUGUUAUGACUGGAUCCAUCGCCCAGGGUGCAGAUGUAAGAACUCCAACACUGUCUAUUGUAAGCUGGAGAGCUGCCCCUCCCGGGGCCAGGGUAAACCAUCAUGAUUUUUGGAGGUGGGUUGGACCUCCUGAACUUCUAGCUUUCAAGCUGUGGCUGUUAAAAAAGGUCCUAUUGGUUACUUGUUUUAUUUUCUUUACAGUUUUUCCUGACUUUCUUCCCCAGUUUCCAAGGUUUGACUCACGGAUUUUAUACUCUUUAAAUGGAUGAUCUCCAGUGAGAGUGGACCAUGAAACUGAGCUGGCUCUCACUUGUGACAGGAGCUUUUGCCACCCACUCGAGAGGGUUUUGAAAGCCAGUGGGCUUCUGUAUAGCCUUUGUGUUCUGCAGGCAACUUUUCAAAGUUGUACACAUGAACAUACCCAGACACACACACCCAGACUACAGUGAUUUUAGAGCUGUUUUUGUCUGGGAGUAGCAAAAUUGAGUUUCAAAGAAGCACCAUUUAAUUGCUUAAAGCUAUGUAUUAAAUCUUUCUCCAAUUAGGGCUAUCUUCAUAGCAUUGGACCCUUAAGUAGCAUGGAGGACGUGUUUUUGUUAUAAAAAUUUUUCUUUAGCCACUUCCCUCCCCUUCUUGCUCCUCAGUGUCUGCUCCCCUCAGUUUUGGCAUCAUCUUAUUCUAGAGGUGCCAGGUUUUGGUUUUUUUCCUGUGUAAUUUUAGGUUUGCUUGAUGAUGUAAAUCUUCACAUUGGAGAUAUAUUAAUAGUAUCUUGCUCAUCUUUAUUCUAGCUUUCCUGUUUGUGAAGGAUUCAACUACUUUCCUUCCAUACCCCAUACUUUUCACCAGACUUCUCUUGUUAUUUGAGGGCACUUGGAUAUCUGAAGUUGAUAUUUAUAGCUGAUCAGUCUAUAGGUGUCACAGAACUAUGCUGCCGAAGGUGAUCUUGGCUCCUUAAUGGCCCUUCUGGCCCCUUGGUUAGUUAACAGCUAUGUAAUUCUAAUCUUUUCUGUGUUUUCAUUGCCUUAACCACAAAUUGUGGGGCUUUUUGUAUAUUUUAUGUAUAAAUCACAAAGUUGAAUUCUGACUAUUUUUAAGACAAAAGUCUGUUAAACUUUUUUAUUGUAAAGAAUAUUUAUUAUGCGAAUCUAUUAUUUUAUGAUAUUUAUUGCAAAAGACUGUUGAAAUGUACUCGUAUGAAUAUAACAAAAUAUCAAUACGUAACGGAAAAUAAGGUGACACGAAGAAAGUACAUAUGUUAACUAUAAUGCAGAAAAUAUAUCAAUUAAUGAAACUGUCUCUUGAUUUCUUCAUUUAUUAGUCUGUACUAUUACGGUGAUUUUUGUCAUUUGCUUUGCCUCUUCAUGCACACCCGUUUCUUUCCUUGCAUAUACCAAAUCUAGACAGAUGAGCUCAAAUUUUGAAUUAGAUGUGUCCUGGAAAAUGCAUUAAUCAAAAUUCUGUAAUCCAAAUUCUGUUUGAACAAAUACCCAUGUGAAUCCAUUUUAUAGUAAAAAUUUUUGUAAUCAGUAUUAACUCUCCUUACUUUGGCUAUUUUGUAAGUAAAAAGUUUUGUGUGUAUCAUAGUUUCUUGGGAUAGAGCAUAUCAGGUUUUUAAAAAUGUUUUAACUGUCCUGGGUUAAUCUGAAAUUAGUCUUCAUCACAAAACUUAGUUCUGUAGACAUGCUAGGAGUUUCUGGCAUAGUCACUUUAAUAAAACUGUUCUAGAGAAUGUAGCAAGAAAAAAGCUCUCAACACCGAAGAGAUGCUUUAAAAACAUUCCUGUCCCUAUACGUUUUCAUUUCCUUUAGUAAGUUUUUCAUGUGACCUGAUCAAACUACAUUUCAUCAUGUCUUGUACAGUAAGAAAUCUGAGGGCCUGAAAGUUUGUAUAGAAGUUAAUAUUUUUAUUUUCUAGUCUGCUGAAACCACUACAUAGGUAGAAUCUUUGGGUCUGAUAAAAUUUUGUUGAUAUGAAUCUUCAGAUUCAGCUUCACUAAUUCUCCUUAUGCCUAAGUGGUAUGUCCAACCUAAAUAAUAAUCUUCAAUUGAGAAUAAGGUGUUGACAAUUUGAACUCAGGAUUUAGGCUAUCAGAAGUCUUGUUGAGCUUUUCAACUUUGGUUAUCUCUUAGAUAAUUUGGCUACUAAUUUGGGGGAUAUUUAUUCUUUGUAAAUAGGCUUUGAAUUUGUUUUAAACAGACAAGGUGUAAGUGAUAAAAACUUUUUAUUGCUUUCUCAUCAAGCCACUAAACCUGUUAAUUAGCACUGUGACAUUUUAUAUAAUCAAACAUUUUCUCUAUGCCCUGAAAGCAGAUAUGUUUUUUAAAAUGAAUAUUUAUGUUUUGGAGGUCAUUUAAUGCAUGGUAUUUCAAAGUGUGAACUCAUUUCCUCUUGUACUCAAGCUAUGUGUAUUAUCACUGGUCUCUUAAAAUUCAGUAUUUCAUUGAGAUUUGGCUCCUUAAUGAAGUGUAUGAACACAGACUCCCUCAGAAUAUUGUGUAAUUUUUUUCUGUUAUUAUUCAGACUCUUGGUAUCAUUAGGAGUUGGUAUAAGAGCUGUCUGUUGCUAUAAUACCCAGACUCAGAAAUUCUAAUUUUUAUUGAAAGAAAUUCAUGACUUUUGUGAGAAUGAGGUAUGCUGUGGACUUUUAAUUUUUAACUUCAGGCUACAUGCAGAAUACAUGACGAUUAAAAUCUUAAGAUGGUGCUCUCUGCUGCUGCUAGGGCCCUAGCCGUUCUCUGGUAUCAAGUCAGGCCGGUAUUUGGAAGUAGCAAUAAAUAGGUCAGAGGUCCAGACUUCUAACAGGCUUGUCAGGUGACAGAGCAUCACCCCUUUAAUUCAAAACUUCCUCCUUUAUGAUGAUUUAAACCUAGAAGGAAAAAAUAUGAGGGUGUGUCCUCAUAAGUGCUUGUGAGUCCUAAAACUGAUCAUUUUAAAGUGCUCAAGUUGUGAAACCAUCAACCAUGCUAAAAUUUCUUAGAGCUCCACUGCCGUGUACUUGAUACUGCUAAAUGGAGAAGAGCGUACCAAGUAGGUGGGCUUUCUUCUUUUUAAUUCCACAAUUUUGUCCCUCUUCCUCAACUGCUGCAGCUUGGUCAAAUGAAUGUUUUUGUUACAGAGUUCUUUGCCAGCAUAUUUCCUGACUGCCAGUUUUUUCGUUUUCAAAGAAGUUUUAUUGAGAUAAUUUAAUUGUGAAUAAAAUCAAUAUAGGAUUUUG